CUUGCCAGACGCUCACGCUUGCUGCACCUCACCGUUACCGUCAUGGCUUCCAUAUUCACCUUCCUCACCUUCAUCGCCCUUCUCUCCUCCGCUGCAUCGGCAUUCUCUGGCAACUUUGAGCUCACAAACGUCGUCGUCUCCUCACCCUUCCAGGCAGAUCCCACGUCGACCCAGAGCACCUAUGUUCAAUUCGACUUCUGUGACGAAGACACUCCUGAAGUUGGUUCCACUCACUGCUGUGUUGAAUGGGCCGUGGGCUUGAGCCCGCCUACCUCCGCAGCAAACACCUGCGACAAUAGCACCUUCGAUGUCCUCGUCACUUCAUGGCAAGGGGUUGGAAACCUCUCGUUGCGGUUGGCCCACCAGUACAUUGACGACAGCGUUGGUCAAGCUCCGUACAAUGUGCUCACCAAGUUCUCCAACUUCAACCUCACGUAUCCUGCUACCGAAGAUUACCAAUGCGAUAUGGGAAAUGCAGCAUGUGUAUCCAGUGACGGCGCAGUGAUCGUUGCCAAUGUCACCCAAGCCAUUGCGUGAGCAAGCCAAUCACAACCGAGCAUCGUGACGCACCCGGCAUGACUGCAACGAUAUCAAGAGAAGACUCGGAGAGGCUGACUGAAG